UAUCUAAUACUGCUAGUUUCUAUAAAAGGCAAAUAUCAGUCGCUGCAAAGUAGUCUUGUCUUACUUUUAACCGACGAGUGGAAAAAUUGGAAAAUGAGGCUCAUCAUUUUGGCUGUUGUUGCAGCUGUCCUCGUACAAGGAUAUCUGUCAGCUUCAGUAAAUGACCCAUCAGAAGACUCAAAGAAUAUGGUGAAGAGACAGGCACCUUCUCUUCCGAAUUUUAUGGGGGGUUUCCGUCCCCCUAACAUGGGGGCUAUGGGAGCUCUCGGUAUGGGGGCUAUGAGACCUGGCAUGGGUGCCAUGGGGCCUCCUGGCUUGGGCGGAAUGGGUCCACCUGGCUUCGACGGAAUGGGUCCACCUGGCUUCGGCGGAAUGGUGCCACAUGGCUUCGGCGGAAUGGGGCCACCUGGCUUGGGUGGAAUGGGUCCACCUGGCUUCGGCGGAAUGGGAUAUCCCCAUAUGCCUCCUAACAUGUUUACACCUCCAAACUUCGCUGACGCUCAAGCUUCUAACUCCAGUCCAGUCCAGUCCUCCAACGGUACUGACGGUAACUCUAUCUCGGGGUAGACCAAUGACCAGGGCAAUCCUACUGAAUACCACGGCAACCGUACCGCUGAUCACUAGAUGGUUUUCCAGUAUUCGUGUAAAAUAUUUAUAAAUUAUAUUGUAUAGUGCCCAUUUAUAAUAUAUAAGUGUUAAAACUUUAAAGCAAUAAAAGUAGAGAAACCGUA